AUGAGGACUCUUAAACUUCAGCUCGACUACGUUCUGGCGAGGAACAUUCCUCAGUCAGAUAUCCGAAAAUCUAGAGCUGUUUGGGACGUUGCGUUCGACUCCUAUCACCGCCCAGUUCUUCUCAGCCUCGAGAUACGGUUCCACAAGAGAAACCGAGGAGUUCCUCUUCAACCAAAAGUCGACAUGGCAGGUCUGAAAGACGAUGAAUGCAGAACAAAAUUCCGCCAACGUGUGUCUAUUCAUGUUGGAGUGCGGAUCAGGAAAAAGCUUAGCGAUGCGGAUUCCUUCACAAAGUGCAUCCAGGACGCUGCAAGGGAAACGCUCCCGGUUCUAUUGCCGCGGAAGAAGUUUGCCUUUGCAUCUGCGGAAACAAAAUCCACAUACAAUUCUGUAUGUGUUGCGCGUCAACUGCAACAAAACCGCGAUAACGAGUAG